AUGAGCACCACCAACAAAGCCUGCUGCACUCUCGCCCCUGUCCAGACCGACUACACGCCCAAGGGCACCAUCGAGAAGGUCGCCGGCAUUGACUCGUACGUCACCGGUGACAAGAACUCGACCAAUGUGAUCGUCUGCAUCUACGACAUCUUUGGUUUCUGGAACACGACCAAGCAGGGCGCCGACCUGCUGGCCGACUCGACCAAGUACAAGGUGGUCAUGCCCGACUUCCUGAGCAACCACCCCUGGCCGAUCGACGCCUUCCCGCCCCGUGACGAUGCGGAGGGUAAGAAGUUCGGCGAGUGGCUCGAGACCAUCGGCAACGUCGGCGAGCGCGUCAAGGACGUCAAGUCCGUCGCCCAGGAACUCAAGUCGCAGGGCGCCCAAAAGCUCGCGCUGUACGGCUUCUGCUGGGGUGGCAAAGUCGCCAGCCAGAUUGGCGGCGCCGGCUCGCCUUUCCUGGGUGUCGCCAUGGUGCACCCCGCGUUCAUUGCGCCGGACGACGCCAAGGCGCUCACCGUGCCGAUCGGCUUCUUCCCUUCGAAGGACGAGGACAAGAAGGACGCCGACGCUUUCUGGUCGAACCUCGAGAAGGACCACCCCGAGCUGAUCGCCAAGAGCCAGUACAAGUACUACGAGGAGAACCACCACGGCUUCGCCGCGGCGCGUGCCGACCUCAACGACAAGUCGAACUACUUCGCCUUCCAGGACGUCUACACGCGCCUCGCCGACUUUUUCUGCGGCGUGUUCCAGUAG